AUAUAUUCAGCUCCGUCCUUCGUGACAUUUACUUCAUCAUUUUUCCAAAGAAAACAUGUAUCUUCUGUUUCUUCUUUCCUUACAUAUAUUUCGAAGAAUAUAGAAAAAAUUUAAUUGAAUUAUUGUUGUGUGUUUUGUGUUAGUUUUCGACAAAAUGUUAGCUACAGGGGGUAUAAAUAUGAAUGAAAAAAGUUAUAUGCUGGAGGGUGGAGGACGAAGACAUUUGUCGGAAGAUCGGGGAAGCAGUAUUGAUUCAAACGAAAAUGCUUUUGAUGAUAUGAAACAACUCAUAAGUGAUGACGAAAAUGAUAAGACUAAUACCCUUCCAUGGGCCAGCUUUAAUUUUAUUAAUUCUAUACUAGGAAGUGGGGUUAUUGGAAUACCUUAUGCACUUCACGAAUCCGGAUUUGGUUUUGGAAUUUUGCUAUUGAUUUUCGUAGCGUUCGUUACUGACUAUUCCUUAAUUUUAAUGGUACGAAGUGGGCACAUCAGUGGAAAGUUCUCUUACCAGGGAAUAAUGGAAGCAGCAUUCGGAAGAGCUGGUUAUAUUUUUCUUGGAAUAUUACAAUUCGUUUACCCAUUUAUAGCGAUGGUUUCCUACAACAUUGUAGUAGGUGAUACGGUAACAAAAGUGAUAGUAAGACUGACGGGAAUUGGACCAGAUUCGAUAUUUGCCAAACGAGAAGUUAUCGUGUUGAUUGCUACCAUAUUCAUCACGAUUCCUCUUUGUCUCUACAGGGAUGUAGCGAAACUGGCUAAAGUUUCAUUCUUAAGUCUCAUAUGUAUAGUUUUUAUUUUGUUUUCGAUAUUUAUGAGAAUUGGACCACUCAGCGACAUAGUGCCACAACAUCCUGAGUCAUGGAGCUUUAUCAAUAAGGAUAUUAUACCAGCAAUAGGAAUAAUGGCUUUUGCUUUUAUGUGCCAUCAUAACACAUUUUUAAUAUACAGCUCUAUAGCUGAUGCAAGUCAAAAGAAAUGGGAAAUUGUUACACAUAUUUCUAUAUUGACUAGUUUAGUUGUUGCAAUCAUGUUUGGAAUUGCUGGAUACUCAACAUUUAAAGCUUACUCUCAAGGAGACCUAUUAGAAAAUUAUUGCUGGGACGAUGAUCUGAUGAAUAUUAGUCGAUUGCUUUUUAGUGUACAAAUCCUCCUCACUUAUCCAAUUGAAUGCUUGGUGAGUCGAGAAGUUAUAGAAACGUCUUUAUUCAGCAGAGAUCCGAAUGUUCCUGUAUCAGAAAAACUUCAUUAUCUCAUCACUUUAGGGGUAGUGAUUACAACGUAUUUAAUUUCCAUCACGACUUAUUGUCUAGGAGUAGUUUUGGAACUGAACGGUGUAUUAGCAGCUGUCCCUCUGGCUUACGUCCUACCGGCAUUAUGUUAUUUGCGGUUAGAAGAAGGUUUCAUAUUUUGUAGAAAAAAACUUCCUGCUCUUGGAGUCGUUUUAUUUGGAUUGGUAGUAGCAAUAAUGGGGGCAAUAUUUCUGAUUGUAGACAUAGAUCAAGUUGACACCUGCAUAGAGAGCCAAGUUAUGGAAUAUUGCAACAGAACUAUUACCAAUAUGACGUACAAUAGCACUUAAGUCUUAUAUUUUCAAUGGGAUUCGUACAUUGUAGAAGGUUAAUGUAUAAAUCCAUUGAGAUUACCAUUUGUUAUAUUGUGAGAAGAUAAUAAGUGGCAGUUAUAGUUACAAUAACUCUUCAUUAUUAUUUGAGAAACGGACGUACAUUUAUUUAUAAUGCUAUUUAUUUGGGUAUGUAUCCUGAGUAGGCUGCUCAAAAUCGAAACUAAUUUUCAAUGUACUGCAGUAUAUAUUUAUGAAUCAUUUAUUGUUGAUAAACUGUUGAAAUUUCUCAUUCUUACUGUUAAUGUAAAAUCUCUUUCUUAUUGUUUUUAUAUAAUAUAGCUAAAAUAUUUUGUAUACAUUAGAUUGGUACAAUAAUCAAAAUACAUGAAAGUUUUGAUUCACUUUCUGUCUCAGAAGCUUCAAGACUGAGAUUUUUAGGAUAUUUUUAAGUGACUGCCAAAUCAUAUGUAUAUCAUCGGACGUUCUCUUAUUCAUUCUAUACAAUUGAUCAUUGGUUAAGAGACACAUGUCACAAAAGAUAAAAUUUUCCCUAGACAGAACUCUUGCAUCUCAUUAUUAAUAAGUGGCUCUACCUCUAGUAUGGUUUCUAAAUUUGUCCGGUGAUAAUGCAGUAAAAAACUUUAUUUUUCUUUUUACGUGGAAUGAGUUGAUACUUGAAUGAACGAGUGAUAGGAAAGAAAAAAUAAAAAUUGAUUCCAGUAUA